UGCGUCACUGCGCUUACGUGAAGUCGUGACGCCAGUCUCGCGUGAUGAGACUUGUGGCGGGAUUUUCUGUAAGACAGGAUGCUACGAGUCUGCAGCUUUGUGGGAGCUGCAUCCAUAUAAGGAAAGCCACACACACAGCUGCCAAGAUGAGUUCAGAAGGAACUGACUGUGACAGGAAAGAGAACUGUAGUCCCCUGCCAAAGUCCUGGACGAAUGAACAGGUAGACCCACCCUCAAAUAAACAACAACUUGCCCUAAUAUGCAAAGAAGAAAGUACUGAGGAUCAGAUGUUUAACAACAGCAAAGACAUUGACAAUAAAUCUUAUUCAUUGCUUGAGGAUAAUAACCUUAGGAAAAACACGGAGGCAACAGUGGAUGCUUCUUUGAAUGAUGGCCCGACCAACAACGAAGUGUUGGACUGUGUACCAGAGAGCCCUCUCUCAGAUGCAGGAUGUGAAUUUUCAGGAGCCAGUCUCCAAGAUACUGAAGAGUACCAGUGUAUGGGAAUAAACAUGCUGGGAGAAAGUGAGUCUGAAUCAUCCAUGGAGAUAGAUAAGAAAAACAGCCAGGGCUCUGAAGAUGAUGAUCAAGUUCUUGGAACAGAGACAGAACAGGAUAAGAGACUUAAACCUGAAAACACUCACUGCUUUGAAAAUAAAGUAAUAGAGGAAAGUUUUGUAUCUGAUGAAAAAAAAUCAGGCUGCUACUCUGGAGAAGGAAUCGAUAACCAUGAUCUAAAUGCUGGAGCAGUCACUUCUGGUUCCAGUGAGUGGAAAACAAAGCACAUUGUAAAAAAGAGGCUGGCCAAAAUUACUGACCAUUUUUUAGCAGUUACUCCUAUAGCUGACAAGAAAAGGAAAGAUGUGCAAAGAGAAUAUGAAAAUUCGUGUUUAAGAUCAAUUGAUCCAAACAGCACAUGGCUUGGAACUCCUUUGGAAGAAAUGAAGAGAAUGCCAGUGUGUGGCACACCACAACCACCACUGAGAGCAUCAUCUAAUCAUACUGUCACUGUCAGGACUGGCAAGCUGUAUGAAAACAGAGUAAGCGAGCCAUAUCCACCUUCUUACAAAGACUCUUGGGAUAGUAGGCAUGUAAAAAUGCCCUGUUCAGAUAACAACCUGUACCUAGUAGUGGACCAGAAUGAUGAAAAGGAAGCUGUAAGCCGUUGGAACUUGAUUAAUACCUCUCUUCGAAGCAAGAUCAGAACCCCACAAGAAUUAAAGGAAGCAAUUUUGAAAUACAACAUGCUGUAUUCCAAGAAGUGGGAUUUUACUGCUUUGAUCGAUCUGUGCGAAAAGGUUUUUGAAGAAGCAGAGUAUGACCACCUCUUCUGCUCCAUUCUUCCUGACAUGGUGGACUUGGCUCUUAACCUACCAAAUAUUUGCACCCAGCCUAUCCCUUUGCUUAAACAAAAAAUGAAUCACUCCAUCACAAUGUCGCAGAUGCAGAUUGCUUCUCUACUAGCAAAUGCUUUCUUCUGCACGUUCCCACGACGGAAUGCUAGGAUGAAAUCCGAGUAUUCAACCUACCCAGACAUAAACUUCAACAGGUUAUUUGAAGGGAAAAGUCCAAUGAAAGCAGAGAAGCUGAAGACACUCUUUUGUUAUUUUCGAAGGGUAACAGAAAAGAAGCCUACAGGCUUGGUAACAUUUAUGAGGCAACAUCUUGAUUGUUUUCCGGAUUGGGAAAGGUCUAGUAAAAAGUUAACAAGGAUGCAUAUUACUUGUGAAGGUACUAUUGAGGGAAAUGGACAUGGCAUGCUUCAGGUGGAUUUUGCCAACCGCUUUGUCGGGGGUGGUGUCACUGGUGGAGGCCUUGUUCAAGAAGAAAUUCGAUUCCUUAUAAACCCUGAAUUGAUAGUAUCACGUCUUUUCACAGAAGUAUUGGAUUCCAAUGAAUGCCUGAUUAUAACAGGUGCAGAGCAGUACAGUGAAUACACUGGAUAUUCAGAGACCUAUAAGUGGGCUCGUGUUCAUGAAGAUGAGUCUCCCAGGGAUGAAUGGCAGAGACGAACUACAGAAAUUGUUGCUAUUGAUGCUUUCCAAUUCAGACGACCCAUUGACCAGUUUAUCCCUGAGAAGAUUGAGAGAGAGCUAAAUAAGGCUUUUUGUGGGUUUUACCGUGCUGAUGUAAAUCCAAAAAACUUGUCUGCAGUGGCCACCGGCAACUGGGGCUGUGGUGCGUUUGGAGGUGAUCCUAGAUUAAAAGCGUUAAUACAGUUUCUUGCUGCUGCUGAAGCUGGGCGUGACCUGGUGUACUUCACAUUUGGAGACCGAGAGCUAAUGAAAGAUAUCUACCUAAUGUACUCAUUUCUUACAGAAAAGAAUAAAACAGUUGGUGAUAUAUACAGUCUGUUGAUAGAAUAUUAUAACAAAGUGUGCAGAAAUUGUUCUACUCCAAGACCAGAUGAAAAGCUGUACAGAUUCAUAUACAACAACUUGAAGUCCUGAAUGGAAAGUACACUCGUACUCAUCUGAAGCAAUGACAAUAAUUAUUCAGUGUAUCAUAUAGGCUAGCAUUAUCCUUGUAUAUAAAAGAGCCCUUUAGUCCUACAUGCUUUAUAAGUGUACAGUGGGAUCUUUACAGGGUUGUGUUUCUAUUUGUUUUUUAAUAUACAUUCACCUUAUCUGAAAUAAUUUUUCCAUUGAUUUUCUUAUUAUUGCAGAGAUGAGUAUUUUUAUUAGGUUGUUUAAAGAAAGUAAAUUGCACCAUGCCUAUCGUGUUUAUAGCUGCAGCUCUAAAAAACUUUCUCAAUAGUGGGAUAAUAUGCAGAUCCUUGUACACUGGAUAUACACCCCUGCAAAAUGGUGUUUUUUUGUUUAAUAAAAGAAAGAAACCUAUUUAAAUCAUGUCAGAACUUAUUCCACUUUUAUUGCAAAAUUGCCAUCUAUACAAAGAAGUUUCAAACAAAUCAGAAACAGUUUAGUGAUAAAAGGAAGAAAAUGAAUCUUACCUGGUUGCAUUAGUGUGCACAGCCCCUAAACUAAAGGUGCCCAUACACCUUCAGAUCCGCUCGCUUCGCGAUGUUGCCAAGCAAGCAGAUCUUCUCCCGAUAUCGCCCACCCGUAGGCCAGGCUAAUUCAAUCUGUCGUAUAGGCAAAGUCGGUUGAUGCGGUCCCCGAUCCGACUAGAUUUUUUAACCUGCCCAAUCGAUAUCUGGCCCGUCGGUAGUGCCCAUACACGGGCAGAUUAGCUGCCGAAUCAGUCUAAGGGACCGAUAUCGGCAGCUAGAAUGGGCCCGUGUAUGGGGACCUUAAUACUUGAAGCACCUUUUGAUUUUUAUACAGCAUUAGUUACCCUUUUUGGUUAAAAGUCUAUCAGUUUGGCACAUCUGGAAUUGGCAACUUUGGCUCACUAAUUCUUCCAAAAAUUUUCUGGAUCUAUCCGAUUGUGAGAGCAUCUUCUAUGCACAGCUCUGUUCAGGUCACCCGCAGAUUUUCAGUCAGAUUAAAGGAAACCUAUACCCCCAAACAAUGUAGGUGUCUAUAAAAAAUAUAUUGAUUAAACAAGCUCAUAUAUAAAACCCUGUUUCAUCUAAAAAAACAUUUUCAUAAAAUUAUAUAUUUUUUAGUAGUAUUGUGCUAUUGGGCACUCCUAAAUAGAAAAUUGCCAUUUUAAGAAUUAAGGGCCGCCUCCUGGGCUGCAUUAUUUUUGGUCAUGUGAUCUCUGAGGGAGCAGACACCCUAUCACUGAAUGGUGGCUCAAUGGAAAGAUGUAAAAGGGCAAUAUUCACUGAUUAUAUAUAUAUAUAUAUAUAUAUAUAUAUAUAUAUAUAUAUAUAUAUAUUCCAGUUUGGCGAGAUUCUUUAAUAGGCCACUUAAUAUGAUAUAAACUAUCUAUUGGUAAGUAUUCAUUCUGGGGGUAUAGUUUUUCUUUAAGGUCUGGACUCUGGCUGGGCCAUUCCAGAACAUUGAUUCUACUUUGGUGAAGUCAUGGUUUUAUUGAUUUAGAUGUGUGCUCGCUAUUCAUGAUUUCAUCCACCUUGACUAAAGCACCAGUUCCAACCAAUGAAGAGCAGCCCCAAAGCAUUAUGCUUCCUCCACCAUGCUUUACUGUGGGUAUGGUGUUUUUUUGAUGAUGUGCUAUGUUAUUUUUGCACCAAACAUACCUUUUGGAAUUGUGGAUUAAUAGUUCAACCUUGGUCUCAUUACACCAGGAUACAUUUUUGGGAGACUGGGUUUACCUAGCCAGACUUGUAUGUUUUUCUUUGUGAGUAAAGGCUUUCAUCUUGCUACCCUACUGCACAACCCAGACAUAUGAUGAAUAUGAUUGAUUGUUGUAGUAAACAACUAAUACUUGCCCAGAAAUCCUGCAGCACCAUUAAUGUUGCUAUAGGCCUUGUGGUAGCCUUCUUCACCAGUCCUUCUGCUCCAUCACCUGACAGUACAUUCUCUGUUGAGCCAUAUUUUCUCCAUUUUGUUGAUGACUGUCUUUACUGUUCUCCAUGGAUUCAAGGAUUUGGAUAAUUUUGUACCCCUGUCCUGUAUGAUAUCUUUCAAUAAUGAGAUCCCCUUCAAGUUUUAAAAGUUCUUUUUGGACUAUGGCUUUUGGGGUAUGAGACCAAGACGAUUAAUCCUACAGUGACAGCAAAACUUUAUUUGAGCACACUCUAAUUGAUGUAAGGUUUAUUCUAACUACUAUUUGAGAUGAGACUGAUGUGAUUGGUGGCUCUGAUUGCAGCCACACCCUUGGUUAUUAAAGGGUGUGCACAGUUAUGCAACAAGGUUUCUGUAUAAUUUAUGCUUCUCCUUCUUUCACUUAAAUGUUUAAUUUGUUUUAAACUUUUUUGUAUACAUUGCAAUUUUGUAAUAAAUGUGGAAUAAGUUCUGACAGUAUUCAUAUUGGUUUCUUUUUAUAAAACAAAAAACUGCCACUUUGCAGGGGUGUGUAGACUUUUACCCCUGUGUAAUUAAAGGCUAUAAGUUUGCCCUGUAGCAGUAACCAUUGCAACCAAUAAAUUUUUUUUUUAUAUUUUUUUGCUUUUAAACUGGUGACCAGUAAAUGCUGCCUGCUGAUUGGUUGCUAUGGGUUACUGAUCCUGGGCAAACUUAGUGCCUUAAUACAUAACCCCCUUUAUAUCCAGUGUAUAUGCUAGCGGAUCAAGCAAUGGCAUUAUUACUUGCUUUUUAGCUUACUAGCUCCAGGCUUAACAACAGAAUGGUUUUUGCACAUAUUGUAGAGUUUCAUGCAGGUUUCAUAUGUACCAUUUAACUGUUUCUGAAUCCUGUCAAUAGGCAAAGGUAUACAUUUAUUUUUAGCUACAGAUAAUUAAUCUAACAUUUAAUUAAGCAAUAUGUAGAAUCAGAUGUGUAGUAACUUUCAACUAUUGAUUUUUAUUGCACUAAUACAUAUUCUCUAUCUGCAUCAAAAUGCCCAUAAAUUUCUGCUGCCUGCAUAAUACAAAGUAUGGCAAGUGCUUGACUUCUUGCUUGGUUUACUUAACUUCUUCUUAUCAGUUUGCAGCAUCCCCAAAGUCUUGACCACCAACCUUAGUAGGAGAAACGUCUAUGUUUGCUCAUAGCAUAUACAGAGAUUCCAUAAAUGCAAUCAGCUAAGUGUUACUCAAUGUGCAAAUCACAUUUCAGCAGGUUAUAUUGGGUCAGUUACCCAAUAUGUGUUUAGCAUCUCCUGCUUUGCAUGAAUAAAUGAUCUCUCAUGACUGAGCACCACUAUGGAUCUUUAAAACCAGCUGUCUUCAAACACAACAGGUAGUGCUGAUCUCAGUGUGGGCUUUCAGUCUCCGUGGUAUGUGUCCCAGAGGCAGUGCUGUGUGAUGUGCACCAUUACAUGCCAAUGACCUUUCUCAGGAUAAUCUGCUUUGCUUAAAUGGCAUUCCCCAGAGAUUAGUAGCCUUCUUCCACUAAGACGUGUAAAAUUCUGCAUUAUCUGACAUUAGGCAAAUUUAUUUACUUUGUUUUAACAGUUAUACAUUUAUUUAUCAUUAUGUUAAUUAAAGCUGCACUUUUAAAAAUCCUGCACUAUUUCUAAAAUUGUUAGUUUUAUUAAAAUACCUUUUCUCUCA